ACUCGCAAGAAUGUGAUUGUCCAUAUGCAUAACAAGCAUACGACUUAGUUACAUUGGCAAGGGAUAAGGGAAGUAUUAAAAAGGGUGUCUUUUCCUUUCAGUGCAAGGAAAAUUCUACUCGUUAAUAAUUAAGAUGUGCGAAAGGAAACGAUUGUAUAACAAAAAGAACUUGCCGUUACACAUACAUAUACCAUUUACAUGUUAACAUAAAUCCAAGCAAAAGCCCUCGGUAAUUUACCAACUAACUUAUAUGAGACAAUACAAUAUCGACAAAUAAAAUAAAAGAGCAAAUGCGAAAAAUCAUAAUGAAAUAAACGAAAUAAAUUAAAAUGAGGAAACGUUAUAAAAACAUCGGCUAACUAACACCUACAUACUGCUACGUUACACACACCAGCCAGCCCAGCAUCCAGAAUACUUACACUGUCCAAAGUUCCGCGCACGCAUAAGCAUACACAUACAGAUACAUCCACUGCCUCCUUCAACCUCAAAACACCCAUAAAUAUUUGCACAUCAACCGAAAUAAUAACAGGAGCAAAAACUGUAUAACCAAAAGAACGAAAAAAAUGUAUCACAUGUGGCGAGUGAGAACUCUUAACGUUGCAUGAAUGAACCAUACAUGAACGAACAAAAAGAAACCCCACUAUUUUCGAAUGUUUAUCGCAAAAUAAACAUUCCAGUGUAUGUCAAAGUAAAGUCAACAAAAGUAAUUGGUGUACCCCACAUAGAAACCACUACGACAUCCACUACACCAACGAUUAAAGUUCCAACUAAACGCCUAAGCAACAAACAAAGAGGUUUUGUUUUCCAAGUCUUCCAGAUUGUCAGAAAGUCUUGUUAACCAAUGAAGAUACAUAGGAAGUGCCAACAUCAUCGUCUUCAAUAUUUAUUACCUCACUCAACGUCAGUGAUCAAUUAUUUCUCGCAGAGAUAUUAAUGCGAGUUUUUAAGAUAUUUGGACGAUCAACCUGUAUCAAAUGGCAGACCCUUUCUGUUGAGACAUGUCGUAAUGGCAAGAGAGGAGUCUCGAGGCAAGAGACCUCUCAAAAUUUGGGAUAGUUGGCGGAAUGUACGGAAAGGUGUAGUUGUUGGAACGUUUGAAGAAUUAUUAGUAAGAGGUAAGGACAAAUUGGGAGUACCUGCUUCUGAGCCAGUCCGGCUUGUUCUCGAGAGCGAUGGAACUCAAAUUGAGGAUGGAGAAUAUUUUCGGACUCUUGCAAACAACACGGUUCUAUUGCUAUUAAGACAGGGAGAAAGAUGGUACCCUACCGGCGUUGAUGUUAUAAAGGCUGCAAUAUCAGCUAUACCAAAAAUCGUCUGUGAGACGAUUCAUGCUUUGGAGCUGCAUGAUGAGACUCCAUCUUGGAAAAUUAUGGAUAACAAGGGUCGUGUUACGGUUGUACUACACUGGGACCAACGCCAAGGAGGAGGCGGUAGCAGCGGUGGGGGACCUGCAGGUGGACUGGGAACUUGCAAUAUUGGAGCUAAUAGCAGCAAUGGUCCUCUAUCGUCUGAAAAAUAUUCGCCAUCGAAGAAAGGGCUUUCUGCUCAAAAUUCAUUGGACAACAAAUCAGUAUCAUCGCAAUCGUCUCAACCGCGUUAUACAAGUCCACAAAUAACGGUUAUCAGCGAUGACGGACCUGCAAACAUAUAUCAUCCAGCUAGCGUAGUAGUAUCACCAGGCAUUGUGAUACCCGGUACAAGCAGAAGGCUUUCUAAACAAGGAGGUUCCUUUGAUAGCGCUGUGGGAGCUGUGCAUGUGCAUACACCUGAAUGUGCACAUCAUGCACAUACGCCUAGUAGAGCCGGUAGCCCCAGUACUACAGAAUGUGAUUUCCAUUGUUGUGCUCUGCAUGAGGAAGGUCGCAAAAUAGCUGUUCAUAAAAGCGUUGCGACCUCACCCAUUCAAGAUGGCAGUACAAGUCCCCAGCCUCAACAGCAGGCAACAUUAGCCAUGUCUUCGGUUGUGGAUCCCAUGAUGGGGGGCAGCAUGCAACGCCGUUCCUCUGGUACAAAAGGUCAUGUCCGGUUUCUCGAUAUAGCACCAGAACGUGAUAGCUCAGAAAGUGAAACGGAAAAUACAGUUAUGGAAGACGACAAAGUAACGACAGAGAAAUUUUUACUGCUCAUUGAUCAACUUUCCGUUGAUCAAAAGCGACACCUGAGCAUAAAGGAUAUCGGUAUUAUACUGGAGCGCCUAAAUUCCAAAAUCUUGGAUGUUGAGCGGCUCGAUAGGGAAUCCGAGUCCGAUGAUUGCUACAACUGGACGAUAAAGGCUACAAUACGCGGAGACGCUCUCCGCGAAUUAGGUGUCAUCUAUAAUGGAAACUACUACGCCAUAUCCGAGCAUCCAGGUUAUAAAGAGGAACUAGAAGAAAACGGCGAAGAAGUCGAAGAGGAUGAAGAAGAUAGAAUUUAAUCUUCCUCGUUAUCUAAAGUAAUUCCUUUUCUCAAUUGUGCUAAACAACAGGCGUUAGAUUUUUAAACCUGUGCGGCCAUCAGAGAUCUUUAAUGCAGUAUAGAUUUAAGUAAAAAACUCAACUCCUUAUGUCUUAUGAUCCCCACUCAUACAAUCACAUACCUCCAAAAACUUCCCUUAUUCCCAAUCCUUGAAUCUUUUGUUCUAGUUACAUUAUUAUUAUUGUUAUUAUCAUUAUUAUUAUCAUU